AUGGUGGCGGCGCCCGGGAGCGCCCUGCUCGCCGCGCUGCUCGCCGCCGGGCUGGCUGCCGCGGGCAGCUCGAGGGCUCGUGGGCAGCUGGGGACUGUGAGCCAGCCUGGGGUGUGUCACUACGGAUCCAGGCUGGAUUGCUGUCCUGGCUGGAGAAAGAACAAGGGCCACUGUGAAGCUACCUGUGGACAUGGAUGCAAGUAUGGCGAGUGCAUGGGACCAAACAAAUGCAAAUGUUUCCCUGGAUUUACAGGGAAAACCUGUAGUCAAGAUCUGAAUGAAUGUGGACUGAAGCCACGUCCCUGUGAGCACAGAUGUAUGAACACAUAUGGCAGCUACAAGUGCUAUUGUCCCAACGGGUACAUGCUCAUGCCAGAUGGCACGUGUGCAAGUUCUAGGACAUGUGCCAUGGUGAAUUGCCAAUACGGGUGUGAGGAAGUCAAAGGGCAGGUGCAGUGUCUCUGUCCAUCAGGUGGCCUUCAGCUGGGACCGAACGGAAGGACAUGCAUUGACAUUGAUGAAUGCUCCACUGGCAAAGCUGUCUGCUCGUACAACCGCAGAUGCGUCAACACGUUUGGAAGCUUCUACUGCAAGUGCCAGCUGGGUUAUGAACUAAAAUACACCAGUGGCCGCUACAACUGUGUAGAUGUAAACGAAUGUGUGACAAAUACACACAGGUGCAACCUCCAUGCAGAGUGCCUCAACACCCAAGGAUCCUUCCAGUGCAGAUGUAAACAGGGCUACCGGGGAAGUGGAUUGGAUUGUGCUGUUAUUCCUGAAAAGUCAGUGAAGGAAAUUGCAAGAAGCCCUGGAACAGCUAAGGACACAAUUAAGAAACUUCUUGCACAUAAAAGCAGCGUGAAAAAGGAUAAAACAAUCAAGAAUGCAAUCCCAGAAGCAGCAGUGACACCACCUUCUAAGACCCACUUGCAGUUGCUGGACUAUGAAGGUGGUAUUGGUCUUGGUGGGAGCUACAGGGAGGAAGAGAAAGAAACUGCAGCUGCUGCAGAAGAGGAGGCAGAAGAGUCAGAUGAAGAGGAAAAGGAAGAUUUUGAAAAUCAAAUUGAUGAGCGAAGCCUUAGAGGGGAUGUCUUUUUUCCCAAGGUAAAAGAAGCAGCUGCCUUUGGCCCUCACCUGGCACAGAGGAAAAUUCCAGUGUCAAGACCAGAGCAAGAAGUUGAUUGCAGCUUCAGCCGAGGGGUGUGUGACUGGAAACAAGAUGCUGAUGAUGACUUUGACUGGAAUCCUGCUGAUCGAGAAAGAGGUGAUGGCUACUAUAUGGCAGUUCCAGCUUUUGUGGGGCACAAGAAUGAUAUGGGGCGUCUAAAACUUCUCCUCGCUGACCUCAAACCAAAGAGCAGCUACUGCUUGAUUUUCAGUUAUCGGCUUGCUGGUGAGAAAGUGGGAAAGCUUCGAGUGUUCCUGGCAAACAAAAAAACUGCUCCUGUCUGGGAAGAGAACAAAGGAAAAGAUGAAAAGUGGAGAACUGGAAAAAUAGAGAUAUUUCAGGGGGCUGAAACAACCAACAGUGUCACUUUUGAGUCAGAACGUGGGAAGGGUAAAACUGGAGAAAUUGGAGUGGACAAUGUUAUACUAAUUUCUGGUCCAUGCCCAGAAGAUACCUGAUAAUGAACAUUUGACUAUACCACAUUUAAUCCUAUUUUUCACAUUUGCCUUAUUAGUGGUGUAUUUUUGUAUUCUUUUCUUUAUAAAAAAACCAAAGCAAAAC